CAAACCAAAAUCCAGAAUCGAUUUUUCGUCAAAUACUAGAAUCAAAUCAAAUUCCGAUUGCUGCUACUUCAUUCUUUCGUGAAUAACAAAACUGGGGUUUCACACUCACUGAAUAAACCGUUCCUUCUGCCGAUUCAUUCCAAAGACUUCAACCAAUAACCUAAAACACUUGUACUUCUUCUACCGAUUUCACUCUCCAGCAUCAACUUCAUCAGGUUUGGGAGAUCUGGUGGUGAAUCUAUACUCUUCGUCUAUAACAUUUGAUUAGGGGACUAAUUGUAAGGAGUAUAGCUCAGUAUCUUUGUGCUUCCAUACACUGAAGUGAAAUAGAUCUUCUGAUUACGAAAUCCAUCGGUUAGUUCGGAAUUCGUCACUCAUAUUUCACUGCUAAGCUCUUUCUCACAGUUCUCAAACAAAACCAGUGAUGGCAAGUUCAAAUAAAACUAGAAACAACUUUUCAUCAAAUAAUCAUCCAGUAUGUACAAGAACAAAUCAAAUCCUUGCUUUAAUUCUCAUUACAACUACAUUUUUUCUUACAAGAACCUUUAAUCAAUAUUGCCCUAACAAUUACUCCUCCUCUUUCAUCAACAAAUCAUCAUCACAAGAUCUUUAUUUCAUUAACAAUGGUUGGCCUAAUAGAGGUUUUGGGAAUCAACUUUCUUUAAAGAUCUAUGUUUAUGAAGAAAAUGAAAUUGAUGGUCUUAAAGAGUUGAUGUAUGGCAGAGAUGGUCAAAUUACAGUAGAUUCUUGCUUGAAAGGCCAAUGGGGAACUCAGGUUAAAAUGCAUCAAAUGCUCCUUAAGUCGAGGUUUCGUACAUUGAAGAAAGAGGAAGCAGAUUUGUUCUUCGUUCCGACUUAUGUCAAGUGUGUUCGGAUGAUGGGUGGUCUGACUGAUAAGGAAAUAAACUCAACAUAUGUGAAGGUUUUAAGUCAAAUGCCAUAUUUUCGAUUAUCAGGUGGGCGCGACCACAUAUUUGUUUUCCCCAGUGGUGCUGGAGCUCACAUUUUCCGUUCUUGGCCGAAAUUCUUAAAUCGAUCCAUCAUUCUUACUCCCGAGGGGGAUCGCACGGAUAAGAGAGACACCAGUGCUUUUAAUACAUGGAAAGAUAUUAUUAUCCCUGGAAAUGUUGAUGAUAGUAUGACAAGAUAUGGAGCUAGCUUAGUCGAACCUCUGCCCUUAUCAAAGAGGAAAUUUUUGGCGAACUUCCUAGGUCGAGUUCAAGGAAAAGUUGGCCGUGUUGAACUGGUCGAGCUUGCAAAGAAUUUCCCAAGUAAGUUGGAAUCUCCAGAGUUGAAGUUAAGUGGCUCUGAGAAACUCGGUCGUAAAGAGUACUUUGAGCACUUGAGGAAUGCGAAGUUCUGCCUAGCCCCACGUGGGGAAUCAUCAUGGACUCUUCGGUUUUACGAAUCUUUCUUUGUGGAAUGUGUCCCUGUGAUCUUAUCAGACCAGGUAGAACUGCCUUUCCAGGAUGUUGUUGAUUACAGCCAGAUAUCAAUCAAGUGGCCGUCUACACAUAUUGGUCCGCAACUCCUAGACUACCUAGAAUCAAUUCCAGAUAAAGAGAUAGAUGCCAUGAUUGCCCGUGGUAGACAGGUUAGGUGCCUAUAUGCUUAUGCUCCAGAAACAGAACCAUGUUCAGCAUUUGUUGGGAUCUUGUGGGAACUUCAAAGAAAAGUGAGACAGUUUCACCAAUCCGCAGAAACAUUUUGGUUCCACAAUGGGUCCAUCAUAAACAGAAACUUGGUGCAGUUUCAUAAGUGGAAACCUCCCAUGCCUUUGCCAUAAAUUUUAUUCCUUGCAAUUUCACUUCAGUUUAUCUGUAAUUCUUCUCUCAAAUGGAAAAGUAGAUGGAAGGCGUUAAAAUGAUUAUCUAAUGCAGUUCGCUGCAGCAUUAGACCAGCAGUCGAGAGUCCAUUCAUUGGUACAAUUCUUUGUGAUUCUAUGCCAUGGUAAGUUUGAGUCGAAGGAUAAGCAAGCGUGGGUCUACAACUGGGAUCGUCACUUCACUUGAAGCCCCCUUAAAUCUCGUUUUCUUUUUUAUAAUUGGUGUAAUUUUCUCUGUUAGUAUUUUUUUUCUUUCUUCUGUACUUGCUGUUUUAAGGUUAGAGAUCUCCUCUUCCUUUUUUCGGCUUUUCAUUUUAA